GUGAACGCAGAGCGAACCAAGAAAUCAUACUUAGCAAAAAGAUGUGAUGUAGAUCUAGUUUGUUGCUGAUGAAACCCUUUUAGGUUGCACCUUGUAAAAAGAAUAAUUCAACUGUGCUGAUUUAACAACAUGUCAUGAAUUAAGAGCUUGUCAAAAAAGAACAGGACCGAAUUGUUUUGGGUCGAAAUCGACCUGCUCGUUUAUUUUCUUUCCGUUGUUUUCCUCUAUGCAGACGAAAUAAGGAUGGACGGAGAGUUUAUAAAAUUGACUUUAAAUUUGUUAUGUUCCACUGUGUGUUGUGUGAUUGGCCUAACAGUGGUUUUAGCAGCUAUAGGAAAGUCACUUGGAAUAAGAAAACUAUACACAAGUGUGUUACUCAGUAUAUUUGAGUUUGGCAAAUCCAAGAUAGAGAGGUAUGAAAAACAGCGAUACCAAAGAGAACCAAAAGAUUCGGAGAGUCACGAUGACUCGGACAGGUCGGACAAAGAAACGACAAAAAAUGGAGGUGACCCUCUAAUACAGAGAGACAUUGCCAUAGACGCUUACCAAGGAAUCCGUAUUCCGUCCAAUCGGGCCGAUUAUGACCUCACAAAUCUUAAGAAAGAAUUCCACAUGUCAGAUAUCAUGUAUUUUGCAAAAUGUGGAGUAGAGACAAUUAUUGAAGAUGAAGUAACAAAGUGUUUCACAGCUGAAGAGUUACGCACAUGGAAUUUCCUUACUAGAACUACGCAUGGCCACCAGUAUGUUAGUGUUCGUCUUACAGUUCUUUGGUGUUUAGGAUGUUUGUUGCGAUAUCUUCUUUUACCAUUCCGGUUGGUAUUGUUAUCCAUAGGCCUGAGUUGGCUAUUAAUAUCAACAGCAGUUAUAGGCUUACUACCUGAUAUUAGUUUAAGAAGACAAUUGAAUAGAUAUGCUUCCCUGAUCUGCCAUAGAAUUCUGUGUAGAGCUUGUUCUGCUGUUGUCACAUACCAUGGAAGAGAAAACAUGGUCAAGAAUGGGAUCUGUGUUGCCAACCACACGUCUCCUCUGGAUGUCAUCAUUCUGUCCUGUGAUAACUGCUACUCUCUGGUGGGACAGAGACACGGGGGGUUCCUGGGACUGGUCAUGAAGUUACUGGCCCGGACUGCUGAUCACAUCUACUUCGAGCGGUCGGAAGUUAAAGACCGAUUUAUUGUUGCCAAAAGAUUAAAAGAACAUGUAGAAGAUAAGAAUAAAUUACCUAUUUUAAUAUUCCCAGAAGGCACGUGUAUAAACAAUACAUCUGUAAUGAUGUUUAAGAAAGGCAGUUUUGAAGUUAGUGAUGAUAUUUACCCAGUAGCCAUAAAGUAUGAUAAAAGAUUUGGAGAUGCUUUUUGGAACAGCAGUAAAAUGGGAAUGGUACAACAUAUAUUUGAUCUCCUGACAAGCUGGGCUUUAGUAGCAGAGGUGUGGUAUCUUCCCCCUAUGCACAGAAAUGAAAAUGAAAGUGCUGUUGAUUUUGCAAACAGAGUGAAAAAAGAAAUAGCAAGACAAGGAGGUUUAGUGGAUUUAUCAUGGGACGGUCAACUGAAGAGAAUGAAGGUGAAGGACUCUUGGAAAACCAAAACACAGGAUGACUUCAGCAAAAUUCUGAAAGACCAGGACCAUGUCCAAAAGAAAGCAAAGCCUACCAAAGAAAAACCUACCCAAGAACUCCAUUCUGCCAUCAAAAUCAAAAGUUUUGUAAAAAGAUUCAAAAAGAUUAAAUUUGAUCCCUCGUCAUACUGCAGUUCAUCAUGCAGCCAGAUAGUAAAAGAGGAGACAAUAGAGGACCAACCUCCUUGCAAAAUGAUGAAGUUGGAGGGAGGGGGACAGGAACCAGUGACAGAGUUUAGAGUGGACCAGGAAAUCGUCUACGAACUGAUCUCUGAUGAUGAACUCCCAGACCUCGAGGAGGGAGAGCCGGGGGGGACCUUGUUGAGGACCACGUCGAGGACCACACAGACAAGGCCAGGAGGUGAAGUCAAAAAAGAGUUGGAGCUGUUUAGCCCCGAAUCCCCCACCCCAGAGAGCCAGUGGUGUUCCUCUCCUCUGGGGCUGAAUGUGGAGCCAAUCCGAGUGCCCCUCUAUGAGGAUGUUUCCUCGGAGGAGGACAAUGAGCCAAUGUUUGAGGACAUAUCCUCUGAUAGUGAUUACUGUAAAGAUGAAGACAACAAGGGGAAUGAGAGCAGUGUGAUUAUACUGUCAGAGGAGGAGGACAAUCAGACCGUGGUGAUUAGCAGCUCCGACCAAAGCCUCCAGAAAACACCACAGAAAUUUGUCCACCACCAGGACUCGCCAUUCAAACAGACGGUCAGGCAGGAAGGUCUCUCCUCUCUACCCUCCCCAAGCGUGCCUUCAUCUUCAGGGGUGGAAAGCUUGUUCAACGGCGACACAAAGAGGAAGUUGGCAAACAUCUUGAAGCGUGUUGGCUCAACCAAGUCUCUGACCAAUAUCAAUAACAGCAGCUGUAACUCGUCCCCCAGUAGAACUAACAGCUCAAAUUCUUUGUGUUCAUCUGUCAAUCAGAGUGAAAGACACUUUCUGGAUGUCUUGGACAGCGGAGUUAGCAGAACGAAAGAGACAUGUUCAGAAACUUUGAAUGAUAGAAAACAGUCAGUGGCAGUGGAAGACGAAAUCAUUAAGCCAGAUGUAAAGCUUGGACAGCCACAGCGCAGGAGAAAAAUUCGUGUCAGACGAAAAACUGACGAGGCUGCCAGUAGUAGCAAGACAUUAUAUGAAGAAAAACCUUCCUUAUCAAACAGUUUCUCUGUGAUGGAAGUGUUAAAACCUUUGAGAAUCAACAUCAUGACUGAUGAUGUGGACAUAACCUUGUGUCAAGCCAUGAGUAACCUUCAUGUCAAUACAGUCAACAGUUGUUUCGAGGAGGGAACUGACUUUUUGGAUCAGGGACUUCAAUUCAUUCACGAUUAUUUAGAGAGCCACAGGAUUCCUCAGAGUAUGUUUAAGGAUAUUGUGAUGAGAGGUCUCUUGGGGAGUCGAGACACACAGCUCAUGCUCAAAAGCUACAAAAUCAUUCUACUGAUUCACGAGAAACAUCCCGAAGUGUUUUCCGAUUUAGACUGGGACUUCCUGAAAUUAUUCAUGGAUGAACUUUCUAUUGGACGUGGGCUUUGGAACCAGGAACCCCUGAUACUUCACAUGGUGGGCCUGUUUUUGAAAGUUUUCGUUAGAUCAUUUGAGGAAGAACUUUAUAGAGUAGAUUUCAAGGACCCAAAGGCAAUAAGGCAAACUAGUGUGUACAAAACCAUUUCUUACGACAGUGGCUACCUGAAUCUGAAGGAACUGGUCAACUGGAUACGAUGCUCUAUCACUAGUGGAGAAUACCCGGAGGUCCAGGACACAGUGUACUUAGGACACUUAGAACCGGACAUUAAUGUCGGAGAUGCUCAUUUACAGAGAUCAGAAAUUCCCAAAAUCUUACCACUACUGCAGAGACUGUUGUCGUUGGGAAUUUCUGUUUCUUCAUUGCCAUUAGAAUGUGCCAAACUCAUCAGCUCAGAGUUGCUAAAAACGUACAUUUACCUGACUAGUGUGAAGCAAAAGCGGUUACUUAUUGAAACCAUCAGCUCAAAUGUGUUACGGUUUCGCCUCAUUUCACUGGUGCUGUUGAAGGACUCUUUCCUCGGUGUGGAUUUUCCACAGGAUUUACAGACUAUUUACGAGUGCUAUUAUUGUGCACCUCCCCCGAGGUACUUUCCCCUGACUCCGCCCACUACACCUCAAUCUGAUGACGAAAACGAAGGCACUGUGCCACAAGUGGAACAUUACUCCCCCGUCCAAGUGGAGGAGCUAGCAAUGAUAUUGUAUUAUGUGACUCAGAGCUAUCUACAGUGUAAGAAAAGGAAAGGACAUAACGUGCUUAGAAGGAAAUCUAUAAUGAGAAAGGAGGAACUGAACAGCCUGUCCUCAGAAGAUGAGAGGGAUCUGAGACAACUCCCUGCCCGCGUGGAGGAGCUGAGGGGGCACCUGUUGACCUUGACCGGUGACCUGACCGAGGCAACGGAUCUCUACUUAAACCUCAUGAUGUGUCUAUCCUGAUAUCUGACAUACAUAUUGGGCAGAUGAUUACCUGAACCCCAUGGUGUGUGAUAAUUCUGAUAUCUGACAUACUCUGUAGAAGACCAACAGAGCUGUUGCAAGAGCUCUCCGAGUUAUAGAUUUUGUAGUUUAGAAAUAGCUAGUUAACAGUUUUUAGUUUAGUAAAAAAGUAUGAAUGUGCAUUGUUCAUUCUCUGUGACAAUUUAUUUAGUGCUACACAGUUUCCAGAGGGAGAAAGUUUCAGGAAUUCAGUGUUCUUUUGUUAAUUUAUGCUAUGCCAAUGAUCUCUUUUUAUUAUGACAAUCUCUUCUACAUGUACAGUAGAAUGACCAGGGUUAUAAGAGCAAGAAGUUUGUGUUUGUGUUGCAGAGUCCCAUAGUUUUUCAUAGUUGUUAAGUUUCUGAAGUUAUAUCUUGCAUAUUCAUGUCAUACUACAUUAGCAUUUAUACUCGAGUCUAUAUAUUGAUUUAUUGAGAACUUAACAUUUUUUAGAAUUUUUAUCCUUAAACAUCAGUCAUCAAGCCUUACAGCACUUAUGGAUCAAUAAGAUUUAGAAGUAACUUGUAUGUAUGCAUUGUAUAUAUAUGUCUUUAUACAGGUAUAUUUACUAUUAUAAACUACUUAUGAUAACCUGACUCAACAGAUGUAAUAUUUUUUUUAGAAAAAUUGCCGUUAUAAUUGCUGGUAAUGGCAAUCAAUCAAGAUUGCUGUGACUUAGUUCGGGAAAGUUUCGGUCAGUUUUGUAGUAAAAAGGUAUGCAUUUCAACAAUGAAUACCGUCCUGUCAUCUACCUGUCUCACUGUUCAUAAAAGGUUACCAUGGUUACAGAUAAAUUUGUAUUCAAACUUUAGAAUGAAUGGUUCCCAAGAAUUUCUCAUUGGCAGUUGUUUGGUUACUAUAUAUAUAUAAUAGUGGAAUCUGUGCUUUUUACAAUAAAUCUACUGGUAGUUUGUAAAUGUUAUUGAAAUUUUUUUAGAUGAUUAAGGCUUAAUGCUUAUGGGGAAUUUUUACUGAUUUUGAUUUUACAGAUGAAUAGACUUAGAAAUCAAUACCUUGCCAUGGUUUUUUGCAGUGUUUUGAAUCACUUUUGAACCAAUAAAGGUGAUGUUAAUAAGCAUGGUUUUGGAUAAUUGUAGCAAAUUAGGUUGUGUUGUUGCUCCAAAUAGAGCUCUGUCAAAUUUCUGUUUCUCCAUAAAGCUGUUAUCUUAACAAUAUAUAACUGUAUACGGCAUUUGUUUAUGCAUUCAUAUUAUUGGGGUUGUUACUCAUGAGUUGUUUCAAUUUUUAGAAAAAAGUUAUAAAGAUUUUUUAUGAACAAAAAUUCUUAAUUCCUAGACAAUCUUAAACAAUCACCAGUUUGGAAAUUUAUGGAGACUUGAAGAGUUAGGUUUGUGUGAACUGGUCCAUUUUUGAUGUGUAAAAUCUUUAAGUUAGCUAACUAAAUUUCACCAAUAUAAAUGUUGAAGUUCAUAUCAUUUUUAUGUUGUCAUUUUACAGCAUUGAAAUCUCUCAUUCCAUAGCUUUAUGCGAACCUUUUCCAUUAUACAUACUUUUGCUAUAUCAAAUUAUAGUUCAUUCCAUUUCAUUGUUUUGUUACAUCUCAUUUUUUACGUUCAUUUUGAUAAGAAUAUAUUUACAAUGAUCCAACUACCCCAUUUCCAUUGGCCAUCCAUCCGUCAUCUUCACACAAAUGAAAUUCUUGCCCUUAUUAUUUAAUUCAUUUGGAACUGUAUCUUGCUGUACAAUUUUCUGAAUUUGUUUUUGUGGACAUUUUUUUUUGGUAAUUAUAACAUCUUUGAUUUGCAACAGUUAAUUCUAUUGUUUAUUUUUUAUUUAAAGUCUCUGUGCACAGAUUAUGUUAUGAGAACAGUGUAAAUAAUAACAGCUUUAUACAUACUAAAAUAACUACAUAUAUUGAGUUAACAACAUAAUGCGGUGUACUCGGAUGCAAAUUGCAAAAGACUUAAUGUUCAUUGUCUAUUGUAUGGUUUGUUAAUAAUACAUCCAUUGUACAAAUUGUAGGAAAGACGCACAAGACUUAUUUUUGAUACCUUUAUUGUUCGGUUUUUUCCUCCAGAAUUUAGAUAGACCAGAAGUAAUGCUACUUACUUUUGUUCCUUGUUUUGUACAGUAUUUUUUAUGCAAGAAAUGUGAAUAAUAAUGUUAAAAGCUUUACAA